AGGGCAUGGUGCUAAAUUAUUUUUUUCCCCCGCCCACCCUCGGCCUUUGAGGUACUUCGCCCCUCCCCUUGACGGUGGUGGGGUGGUUUCUCCCGCCUCCUCCCACGGAUGCUGGUUGGUCUCGCCUUCACCUAUCCCCAGGUGCUAGGGUGCUAUAGCCGCAGCCACCGACUGGAAAAGCGGCCGGGCGGGAAGCGCCGGACGAGCUCACUGCGCGGCAGCCGUAGGGGAAGCAAGGGUUCCCGAUCCUCCUAAGUGAAGGUUUCCGCCCCUGGAGAGGAGGCGGCGCUCGGGAUCGGCCUUCGUCCGCGGCGGGAGUAAACUGCGACUCCAACAUGAGCGGAGAGAACCCAGCCAGCAAGCCCACGCCGGUGCUGGACGUUCAGGGCGACGGACGCUGGAUGUCCCUGCACCAUCGGUUCGUGGCUGACAGCAAAGAUAAAGAACCUGAAGUUGUUUUUAUCGGGGACUCUUUGGUCCAGCUAAUGCACCAGUGCGAGAUCUGGCGGGAGCUCUUCUCUCCUCUGCAUGCACUUAACUUUGGCAUCGGUGGUGAUGGCACACAGCAUGUGCUAUGGCGGCUAGAAAAUGGGGAGCUGGAACACAUCCGGCCGAAGAUUGUGGUGGUCUGGGUGGGUACGAACAACCAUGGACACACCGCAGAGCAGGUGGCUGGCGGCAUCAAGGCCAUCGUGCAGCUGGUGAACCAGCGGCAGCCCCAGGCCCGGGUCGUGGUGCUGGGCCUGCUUCCAAGGGGCCAGCACCCUAACCCACUUCGUGAGAAAAACCAACAGGUGAAUGAGCUGGUACGAGCAGUGUUGGCUGGCCACCCCCGGGCCCACUUCCUGGAUGCUGACCCUGGCUUUGUGCACUCAGAUGGUACCAUAAGCCACCAUGACAUGUAUGAUUACCUGCACCUGAGCCGCCUGGGCUACACACCUGUCUGCCGGACCCUGCACUCCCUGCUCCUGCGCCUGCUGGCCCAAGACCAGGGUCAGGGUGUCCCCAUGCCAGAGCCUACACUUUAAGUAUCCGCUUUUCUG